CUGGCCAGGAGCGGACGGCGUUGAAGGAAUCCCCCCCAAAAAAACAAAAAAACUUUUUUCCAACACACCGCCACGGUCUGUUCACCUCGGGCCCGUCUCCGAAGUUGAAAAAUAACGGUAACGGUAUCGGUGUGUCGGGUGAUGAAGUGGACGCCACUUACCGCCGGGAGAAGAAAGGAAAAGUUGCGAGAGGAAGAAAAAAAAAAAACUUCUGAAAUGAUGCCCGAGCGACUGCAUCCCUCCCUCCAAAGUUCAGCUAAGGUUGCUAACAUUAGCUUAGCGUAGGACUCUGAAGUGAAACGUUUGGAUACACGUGUAUUUAAUCAGUCAGAACAAAGUGUUGUAGUUACACGGUGCUUUGGUGUAGCGGAGGAGCGCGCGAGGGUAUCGAACUACCCACUGAAAGCUCUCAUCCUUUGCUUGUGUGCCUACAAGUCGCACCAGGUUUCAGCGUCAAGCUAAUCUUAUUUUUUUUUUUAGCCAAGUAGAGUUAGCUGGAAGACAGCAAGUGUCAAAUAAAGUUGACAUUAUUUUUAUUAUUGUAAAAAGAAAAUGACAUGACACGUACUUCCAGUUUACCAGCUGCUCUCGUCACAAAAAGACUGCAGUAUUUUUUACAUUUUUAAAUGUUUAAUUCUGGAAACUAAACACCACUACUUUGAGGAGAUUUGAAGAGCUUAUGAGGAAGAGAUAAUCACCCUCACGACCACAUAAUGAGAGAGUAACAACGGAACCGGAUGUACUUGCUCGUGUCGUCAUCAUCACCCUGAGUUGUGGCUGUGAAAUGGCAAUUGGUAGUUUUAGUAAAGAGCUCUGUUGACUCUGGACCACUUUGACAAUCUGUGUCACUUUUUGAAGAAGUUGGUUUGAGUGAUGUGAGUGACCCCGAGUCACUCACUAUCAGCCCUUUUCUAUUAUUAUUUUAUUUUUCUCUCUCUGGUCACAUCCCUGACUCUUUAUCAAGACUUUUGCACACUGCAGUUUGGAGUCCGUCCUGCAUUGUUAUCAUCAUUGUUCAUCACCCACAUCCCAAAGGGAACCGCACCUUGGAUUGGGCGGAGAGAGCGCUACGAUGAAGGUCACGGUGACUUUUGGACAGACCGGUGUGGUGGUGCCCUGCAAGGAGGGGUGGACUGUGAGGGACCUCAUCCAGCAAGCCACGCAGAGAUACAGAAAACUCCUGGAACAGGAGGGGGAUUUCCUGGUUCGGACUCACCAUGUUGAAUACUGCGACGGGGGGAUUCUGGACCCCGAUGACAUACUCAGUGACCUGGUGGAAGACAAGGACAAGCUGAUGGCUGUGUAUGAGGAGCAGGAAGCCCAGCAGAGGGGCGUGGCUAACUCAAGGCUGGCCCCCAGCCCCGACCUCUACCAAUCUGAGCUCUCCGUCUUCCAGCCCGUCGCAGGGGGAGAGAUUGAAGUCAAUUCCUCAGCCCUCAAGUCCAGCACCCCGCUGUUGGUGAGAAGCAGCAGUGACUCAGCUCUCAGCCCCCAGCCGACAGAGACCGGGCCCGCCUUCAAUGAGGAGACCGUCGGGACGGCAGCCGGUCCCGCCGUGGAGAGGCAGGCAGGGGUCGACCGACCCCAAGGCAAACACCCCUCAACUGGCAGGCUGACUAGAACAGUGGAGAUCCUGGGAGAGGACAGUCCCCUGGGAAUUCAUGUGGUUCCUUACAGCUCAUCACUUAGUGGACGGUCUCUUGGUCUGUACAUCCGCGGCGUGGAGGAGGAGAGUCGCUCACGAAAGGAGGGCUUGUUUCAAGAGGACGAGUGCAUCGUCAUGAUCAACAACACCGACCUCAUGGACAAGACGUUCAGCCAAGCGCAGGAAGUGUUCCGGCAGGCGAUGCGCUCCCCAGUUGUCCGCUUGGAAGUAGUUCCCUCCAUCCACAGAGAACGCUACGAGAAGAGUCUGAUUGGUCAGCUCUUUGGCAAUGGCGCCGGUCCCGACAGCAGCCCCCAAAUCGCCAAGACCAAAGAGCCGCCUCCACCUGUCAAAGCCAAACCCGUGUUUAAGGCCCCCGAGCAUCCGACUCUGCGAUUGGCCGAGGAAGCCGCCUCCACCGAAGCUGCUGUUAAUACACCCAAGGGGAGGAGCGAGAGCCCCCUCCCUAAGAAAAGUCCCGCCCUCUCCAGCUUGGUGACCAAUAAGAGAGUAGGACGAAGGCUGAGGAUCGAUCUAAAGAAAGGCUCGGAAGGUCUUGGUUUCACCGUGGUAACCAGAGAUUCUUCAGUCCACGGCCCCGGUCCUAUUCUAGUCAAAAACAUUCUGGCACGUGGAGCCGCUGUCAAAGAUGGACGCCUGCAGUCCGGAGAUCGCAUACUUGAGGUCAACGGUGUGGAUAUCACAGGUGUGGGCCAAGAGGAGCUGGUGUGUAUGCUACGGAGCACGCGACAGGGAGAGAGUGUGUGUCUUGUGGUCCUACGGCAGGAAGAGAUGUUCCUGCCCCGGGAGAUGAAGGAUGAGCUGUCCCGUGUGACCGGAUUUGUUCCGGAGAACGGGAAGGAGCAGCUCAUGUUCGAGGUGCCCCUUAAUGACACCGGCUCGGCGGGCCUGGGCAUCAGCCUCAAGGGAAACAAGUCCAGGGAGACAGGAGAGGACCUGGGCAUCUUCAUCAAGUCCAUUAUACACGGAGGGGCGGCGUACAAGGAUGGGCGACUGCGAGUCAAUGACCAGAUGGUAGGGGUAAACGGAGAGUCGCUCAUGGGAAGAUCCAAUCAUGUGGCCAUGGAGACGCUCCGCCGCUCUAUGUCACAGGAGGGAAACGUAAGAGGGACAAUCCAACUGGUGGUGCUGAGGGCUCUGAAGGAUCAGCACAGGGCGUCACCCAAUCGCUCAUUUGACAGCUCCUCUGGUCUGUUGGGGCCGGUGGGUCAAGUGAAUGGCCCCGGUCAGCCCCCCCUGGUGAACAACAGCCUCUAUGCAUCUAACGCCACCGAUGGGAGUUAUUCUUACAUGGACGAGGACGAGGAGGACGAGCUGUAUGGACAUGAAACAGAGUUCAGCGGCUGCACCCAACACUCCUAUCUACAGGACAGAGAAAACCGCCACGCCUCGAGCCCGGCCCAGCCCCAGUGUCCUCCGCAGAACCAGAACCAGAACCAGAGCCAGAACCAGAGCCAGCGGCAGUUCCAGCACGUAAAGGCCUCGAAGAGCAUGGACCUGGGUACGACUCAGAACCAGCAGCACACUGUGGCAGACGAGAGCAACGUCGCAUCCCAGGCCGGAAACUUUGCAGCUCCAUCAACUCCUGUGGAACUCGGCCCCACCCUCGGGUUGAAAAAGUCCAGUUCCUUGGAGAGUCUCCAGACGGCCAUGUCAGAGGUUAACAGAAAUAACGAACUCCUUCCCUUCCAUCGACCUCGCCCAAAUAUGGUCAGAGGAAGAGGCUGCAACGAGAGCUUCCGAGCUGCAAUCGAUAAGUCCUAUGAUGGGCCACCUGAAGAAGAUGAUGACGAUGAUUCGGAGCCGAGUUCAGGCCGGGACACCCCUGCAAGUAGUUCAUCCCGCCAGGGAUUGGGUGAUCGGAUAGAAGAAAAAGGCAAAAAAGACAAGAAAAAGAAACCAAAAACUAAGAAGAAGGAAAAGAAUAAGGGGAAAGGAAAGGAGAAAGAGAAAAAGAAAACAGAGGAGCCUGAGGAGACGGAGAAGAAGAGCAAGAAAAUAGGCUUUGGUCUGCUCAGAUUCGGGAAAAAGAAGGAGGAGAAAAGGGUGGCGAAAGCAGCUCUGCAGCGACAGAAGUCAGACAUUAUGAGUGAUCAUGAGUUUGAGAGGAUGAAAGACGAGAGGGAAAGGAUCGAGGCAGGGCACCCUGAGCUGAGGGAGCACCGGCGCGGAGACCUGCAGGGCGGCGGCGUGGCGGCGUAUCCAGAUGUUGAAGACGACGACACAGACCCCAACUAUGCCCGAAUACAAUCCUUCAGGGACCGAGAUAUGGGUCCAAUGCUGCAGCCGCCGUCUCAGUCACCUCCCUACAACACAGUCCAGCACGGCCAUGUUGGCACCCCUUCCCCCCAAGGCCCCUCUGCAUUUCCAGGGCACGGGAAUCAUGUUACCGACCCCGGAGCCGUCCCGGACGACGACCCCCUUGAUAGGCUGUACGCCAAAGUCAAUAAACCAAGAGGAGCGGGACCGACAUCUCCUCCUAUUUCUGCUCCCGCCAAUGACGGUGUGGACAGGAUCCAGCAGCUACGAAGAGAAUACCAGCAGGCGAGGAGAGAAGGAACAGUGCCACCUUAUGAAGAGCUGGACCCACGACGCAGAGGACAUGAAAACGAAGCAGCGAGGAUGCCAGGCAGAGGGGCGGAUCAUCGGUUGGCUCCCCGUUAUGAAGAAGUGGAACGUCAGUAUGCCUCCCUGCCAAGACGAGGUCCGUUGGAUGUGACCGACUACUCCAUGCAGCCGUGGUCAGGUCAUUACCCCGGACCUCCCCAGGCCCCACAGGGGUACCCUCAGUCCCCCUCCUACCCCAACCCCAACCCCCAGUCUGCCCCGUCCUACCCCGGCUACCCACCUGGUCAACCAUAUGGACGGCCAGGUGACCCUCGGGGCGUCGACCCUGGGUACUAUCCCCACCCAAGCUCCCAGCAGAGAGGCCCCUUGCGGCAGGAUGUUCCCCCGUCUCCCACCCCUCCACUUCGUUCACUACGGUACGACACCAUGGCGCGUGGAACCGCAGGUGGUGGUUACAGGCACCUGGUGGAUCCCAGUCCAGACCAGUAUGUCUAUACUGGGGAGGGAGGAAGACAGCAACAGCAACACCAAACCAACCCAAGACUGAAGAAUGCCAUGACUGCAGCUGUGUAGACGAGUCAGGGCCAGAGAUGACCAUGAGCCCAAUGCCCACGGUGUUGUGCAGCUCUUCUGCUCGCGGUACUCCAACGAAAUCCAGUUGAAGCCUUUUUAAUGCUGGGAUUUGAAUCACCGUCAUUAUCAAACACUGUCUGCACCGUUUGAAGUAUAUGGUAAUACACAGGCAGGCAAGGUAAAGGAGGUUAAUUACAGAGUGGCCGGCGUGAAGCAUAAUGUCUUGUUGUUUGAAGUCAUUUAAAUUGCUUUGAGUCUUCCCGCAGCAUUAAAUUAGCAGGGUUUUUACUUUUCACUAUACUCUGAUUAAGUCGUCUCUUUCAAGAAUCUGUCAGAGUCACCAAAAUAAUUGGAUCUGUUUAAAUUAAGGCCAUGAAUGCGCUACACACUCCAAUAUUGUACCUGGUGGUUUUACUGCUGCAGCUCCACAAACACUAAUGUUACUGCGUGUUGCAUUUUAUUCUACAUGUUACAUUUAGUGUAAAAUGUAAGGCAUUUAUUCUCCUCUUGAGCUGGAGCUGAGAUCUAGAAGAUGAUGGAAAAUGUUCCAAAACGGUGUUAAUGGCAAACAAUGAGUGUGGAGAACUCAUUCUUUGCACUGUUAGAAACAAACAAGAUGAAGGUAUCAUAACGCUACAAUUACAACAAAAUGAUAUUUCCAUUUAGUCUGAUUUACAAUUAACUAACAACGUAGCAUUAAAAAUUGCGGGCGACAGUUACAGUAUUUUCUCAACUUGUGAAACAGGGAGAACGCCAAUCUACCAAUCUUUAUGAAAGUAUAGAUUAUUGUCACUAGUCUGAUGGACCAUGUACAGUAUUGUUAAUUCAAUCAAUUAUGGAAACAUGAAUAAUCAAAAUGCUCCAAAGCAAAGUAGAGCAGUUUAUUAUCUUCACUUGUAAUAAUAUGUUUUUAAUGAUUCUCUGAUUGCUUUUCAUGUGUAUCCAAACUAUUUCUCUCAGUAGAGAUGAGAGAUUGUAGUCCAGCACUAGGUACAAUCUGAGUCUGCAGCCUUUAUGAAUGACCCUGUUCCUGCUCUAGAACUACCGUGUGAUAACCACUCCGACCGCUGUAGAAGUACCGAAUCUCAAAUUCAAUUCAAUUCAGUUUAUUUUGUAUAGCCCAAUAUCACACAUUACAAAUUUGCCUCAGAGGGCUUUACAAUCUGUACACAUAAGUAGGACAUUGUUGGACUUACGUUUGUCUUUGAAUAAUCAAAUCUAUUCAAAGUGACUUGAAUGUGUGUGGCGCUCCUAGAUUACAUGUUCACAGUCCCCAGUGCGGUGCAACCUGUGUUUAUUGCAUCAAUCCAGCCUGAUUGGCGCUUUCGCUCACUUUUUGUCAAACAUUUAAUUCAGAGAUAAUCCAUUGCUUUAAAAAAAAAAAAAAAAUCUUUCAAACUUCCAUCCGUGUGCUAACAUCAUCCCUCGAACUUUGACAUCCUGGAAGACGCUUCGUUAAGAACAAGACGACCAUUUUGUGCCAAUGCUGAGAGCUCCUGUUCAGUCGAGGCAAUACGCACAGCAUCACUUCAUAAAAAGCUUUUUAUUGCCGUCUCCUUCUCUAAUGGAGGGGACUCGAGUAUCGGGUGAAAGCAGACGUGAUAGCGGACAGCAUCGUUGCACCAUUGUGUCUUUCUCUCUACAAGCACAAAAAAAGGCUCAGAAAUCAAUUCAACACUGUGGACAGAGCGCCCCUCGGUCAGUGGGAGUGGGCGACCGGGCUUCUCUGCUCUGACAGUUACCUUGUCUGUGUAUGCCAUGUACUGGAGGUAUGUGAUGGGUGUUCAUGGCUCUGUGACUUUCGCCGUAUGCUGAAGGGCUGACAAGUCCCGCUGAAACCUGAAUUGAGCUUCAGAGUGCUGCACCCAGUGCAGCGUGUAUCCAUUUAGCCACUUACUAAACCAUCAAAUAAGUGGAACUAAGAGUCAGAGUCCAGCAUCCAACAUGCUUGUGUUUCCCUCCACAAAGCACAGCAGUAUUAUUUCCAGUGAAGAUUAAAUGUGUCAAAUGGCACUUCAGGACUACGUGAAUUGCAUCUCUGUCAGUGUGACAGAUAAAUUAAAUCCCGCUGAUGUUAAAGCAAUAAUCAAGUGAUUUGACUGAAGCUCUAAUGCCGACUCAAAACGGUUUCAUUUGCUUGUUUGUUUGACAGAUCUGGAUCUUGAUUGGACUAAGGAAAGAAGGAGAUUUUUAGAAAUAAAAACAGGGAAACGAGGGACGAAAGGAAAAGAAUAGAUAGGGCAAGCAACAGAACAUAUAGGGGGAGGAGGGAUUAAAGAAAGAAGUAUUAAGACUCAGUAUACGUGGAAGGAGGUGGAAGAAAUGGUAAAAACACAAGCAGAGCCAGGCCAAAGCUCUUGUGGUUCCCAAUGGUUUGAUUCAGAGUUUUCAAAGAAUAACAGAGCAGAAGACAUAAUAAAAGUGCACAAUAGUUCAGAUGCCACUCCAGAUCAUGCACUCUCCUGCUGAGUGUUAACAUUAACAUUAACAGCAGCAGGCUUUGCUUCCUUAAUAGUGAGUAAUAGUACCAAGCAUUACCUCACAUGGGACCAAACGUGCUUUUAGGUCAAUUAAUAAAUGGCAGUUUGCACACAAUUAAAUGUGAUUUUCAAAGUACUGGAUGCUCAAUAUUUGUCAAAAUAUAUAUUUUUUAUAAAAUAUUGCCGUGCUGCAGAGAUGUCCGAGCCUGCACAUCAUAUUCUACAGACUUGAGAAAACAUUUUUGUAUGGCACAGAUCUCGGCAAAAAUCACACCAUAAUCAUUUUUUUAUUUGUUUUGUCAAUGAAAAUGAGAAAUCAUCAUUCCUCCAAAAAAAAAAAAACGCAUUUCGCAAUUGCAAUAUCAGCUCAAAUAAUACAAUAUUUUGUAAUCUUUCAGCCCUAGUUGGUAUUUAAAUGUCUAAUUAAUCUAUGUAAAAAAAAAUUGAAUUGAAAUUAAAGGGGAAAACAGAAUGUAACAUGAUGAAGAAAAAAGUACAGUUUUAUACUCCUCGGACCUCAGAGGUUAUGGGUAAUGAGUCAUUACUAAUAAUCUACUUUGCUCAAUAAUAUGUGUGAUUCUGUAUAUGUAUAUAUAUAUAUAUAUAUAUAUAUAUAUGUUCCAAUAUACCAAAACAAAAAGAGUGAUGUUUAUAACUUUGGAUAAUUGCAGCUGCCUAUCUGCGACGGUACGUGUACGUUAUGGAGCGCCAAAGAAAAUGAUCUACUAGAGUCACAUGGAUGAUUUUGGUGUCAUAUUUCCAGAAAUGUAUUGUACAUCUAUACGACAAUGCAUAACUGUAUCUGUCUGAUGAAGCUUUGCUGAGAUGCAGUAUAUUGAGAUGAGAACAUUACUAAUACUCCUCUGAUACUGGUACGCAAUUCACAUGUGUGUUACUUUUUCAAAUGUAUUUUUAUGUCAUUCUUACUAAUUUGUCUGUUGUUGUUGGUUGGUCAUUCCAGGGCCACACAAUGUUUGGCCAUUUUUACCAUGCUACAUAUCACUUUUCCCCCUCAAAUUCACUUCAUGUAUGGUUUUAUUUUCUUCUGUUUUCUAUACAUACAAGUUGCAUACAAAUGAAAAAAAAAUGUGGGGGGGAAAAUAGUUUGAGUAGCAUGGUUAACGUACCAAACAUUGUGAAUGUAUGGCUCUGGUUUAAUGGCAGGACAGUAUGAGUUGCACAAGCUGAAGGUACUAACUAGUCUCCUAUUAGCUGGUUCUGGUACUCCUGGUUCUCUCUGCCUUAGAAGUAUAACAUUUUGUAUUAAACUGAUUGUAUGCAUAAACAAAUCCAUUUCAUAUAAUGUAACAAUAACAAUGUUUUCUAUUAUUGAUUUCCUAUAUAUUUAUGUAUAUAACAUCUUUUUUUACAUUAAAUAUUCAUUUUUAAAGCGGA